AUGGAGCAGAAUAGUACAGAUCACCGCCAGGCCUCGAGCCUCCAAUCUGAACCUCGAAAGCAUCCCCACAAGUCUGUUCGUGUUGCUUUCGGCCCCGACCUUGAGACUCAUAUCCCACCUCGCGACUUAUCCCCUGCGCCCAUUGCCGGACAUCACCGAUCAUUUACCACCGUCGAGGCCAAGCAGCCGCCUGUAAUCACGCCGGAAAGACCAACGAGUUCUUCUGCUGGUGAAAACUCGGUUAUCUUCGAUGUCAACUCACGGCUGACCCUGGAUCGGCCUCCCGAGUCCGCGCGACCGACUGCCGCCUUGAAAAGAGCCAGGAGUGACUAUGGGCCCCGGGUGGGAUUUGACAAGGCUAUCAAUGGCGACGAUGAAGAAGAUAUUGCUAUGCGUCACGGCUGGCAGGAAGAAUAUACUUCGAGCGAGUAUUUGAAAGUCCUGCAUUCGAAUUUCUACAUGUAUUUCACGGAGAAGCGCCAUGAGACGAAUGGGAUCCCGCGUGACCCCGUUGGAAGCUGGCCCAGUCAGGACUGGCGCAUGAAAGAUCGUCUCAAAACAGUUUCCGCCGCGCUUGCGAUAUGCUUGAACAUUGGCGUGGACCCUCCGGACGUCGUAAAGACAAAUCCUGCGGCAAAGCUAGAGUGUUGGGUUGAUCCAACUUCCACCACAUCCCCCGGUGGUUCGAACAAAAUCAUGGAGCAGAUCGGAAAGAAAUUGCAAGAACAGUAUGAGACGCUGAGCUUAAGAACUAGGUACAAGCAAUAUCUUGACCCCUCCGUCGAUGAAACCAAGAAGUUUUGCAUCUCGUUACGUCGUAAUGCCAAAGACGAGAGAGUGCUCUUUCACUACAAUGGUCACGGUGUUCCCCUUCCUACUCAGUCAGGCGAAAUCUGGGUUUUUAACAAAAACUAUACCCAGUACAUCCCGGUCUCACUGUACGACUUACAAUCAUGGCUCGCGGGUCCGAGUCUCUUUGUCUUUGAUGUUUCUCACGCGGGUAAUGUCGUUUCCAACUUUCACACAUUCGUCGAGAAACACGAGAAGGAAAACAUUGAGGCGAAAAAGCGGGAUCCGAAUGCCAUCGUGCAGAACUACGGAGACUGCAUCCUUCUCGCGGCGUGUCAGAAGACUGAAUCGCUGCCUACAAAUCCGGACCUUCCCGCCGACAUAUUCACCUGUUGUCUGACGACCCCGAUUGAGAUUGCGCUGCGCUUCUUUAUACUCCAGAAUCCCCUGCGAACCAAUAUCUCCAUUGAUGAAUUUAGGGUACCUGGUCGCCUACAGGACCGUCGCAGCCCAUUGGGCGAGCUCAAUUGGAUCUUCACCGCAAUUACUGAUACGAUAGCUUGGAACACAUUGCCCCGAGCUCUGUUCAAGAAGCUCUUCCGUCAAGACUUGAUGGUGGCUGCAUUGUUCAGGAAUUUCCUGCUGGCUGAGCGGGUGAUGCGCACGUACAAAUGUCACCCCAUAUCAUCACCCGAAUUACCAGAGACCCAUCAUCAUCCCUUGUGGAAGAGCUGGGACCUGGCCGUUGAGAUGGUCUUGUCGCAGCUUCCAGCUCUCAUUGAUCACGAAGAGGGCCGCAGACAAUAUGAAUAUCAGCAUUCGACCUUCUUUGCAGAACAGCUCACAGCAUUCGAGGUGUACUUGUCCUCUGGUCCCACAGAGAAAAACCCACCGGAUCAGCUUCCUAUCGUCUUGCAAGUCCUGCUGAGUCAGGCACACAGACUGAGGGCUCUAAUUCUGUUGAGUAAAUUCCUUGACCUGGGUCCCUGGGCGGUUCACCUUGCUCUGAGUAUCGGCAUCUUCCCUUACGUUGUAAAACUUCUGCAGUCCGCAGCUCAGGAGCUGAAGCCCGUCAUGGUCUUCAUCUGGGCACGAAUCAUGGCCGUCGACCAUACCGUCCAGAAUGACCUGCUCAAGGACAACGGAAUUCAUUACUUCAUCUCCAUCUUGAACCCAUCUUCUCCUAUUCCUGUUGGCAACGCUAGUGAGCAUCGAGCCAUGUGCGCAUUCAUUGUUUCAAUCUUCUGCAAGAACUAUCCUCAAGGCCAGAAUGUGUGCCUCUCCGCCGAGCUUUUUGACUCGUGUCUCAAGCAUCUCAUGGAUGUCGAGAAUCCUCUGCUGCGCCAGUGGUCAUGUCUUUGUAUCAGCAUGCUGUGGUCCGACUUCCCGGAAGCAAAGUGGAUGGGGAUUCGGUGCGCCGCUCCCGCUAGGCUCUGCGAACUGAAUUUCGAUCCUGUGCCUGAAGUACGAGCUGCAAUGUUGCAUGCGGUUACUACCUUCUUGGGCAUUCCAGACUUGACCGAUCAGGUCGCUCAGAUUGAGGAGACUCUGGCCAUGGCUGUCUUGCCCAUGGCAUCCGAUGGCAGCGUGUUAGUGAGGAAAGAACUAUUGGUCUUCUUUUCAACAUUCGUCAAGCGCUACCAGAAUAAGUUCUUAAUUGCCGCAUACGAGGAAUUCCAGGACGAGAAGCAAAACCUGGUCUCGAAGUUGAAACAGGCGGGCUCACGGGCCCCCAGCCAAAAGGAGGUAUCAGAUGUUCCUGUUAACGGCGCCGCAGUCUCCAGUCGAAAGUCGCCGAGUCUCUCACGAAAUACCACUUUUGGAACCAUCUGGAAGCAAAUGCUAAUUCUCUCUGUUGAUCCCCACCCUGAUAUCGCCCAGGACGCAGGCGUGAUCGUCGACUACAUUCACAUCUGCCUCUUGGACUCGCCGAUGGCUUUGUUGACUAACAAGAUCCGAGACGAAAUUCUGGACCUAUCUAAUCGGGUAUCUCAGACGUUGCAGGUCGAGAAGCCAGAGUCGAAGAAGAUCGCGCCCCCACCGACACCUCCCGCAGUCGCUCCUCCCAAGCAAGAAGGUUACCUUUCACUAAGCAUCAAACGGACUGCAAGUGUGGCUGCUUCGCUAAAGAACUUAGCCUUCGGCGGUUCGAAUGCGCCCGAAACCCAGCCACCCCAAUCUCCCCAGUCUCUAACCGCACCCAAGAGUCGAAUGCCUAUUACGCCGCGAGGACGAGCCCCUCCCGAAUGGACACGACCCCCGGAAGUGAACGACCAAGUUGCUCCCGCAACAGCCUAUAAUCAAGCGCCAACUCCUACGUCGCGAGGAUUUGAGCCUCGGGAACCUUCUGCGGUCCCAUCUAUUCCCCUAAUGAGUCGAUUCCUGGACUGGUCCACUGAGGUAAAAUCAGAACUCCUUCACCUGAUGAGCGAUAAGAUUCACUACGGAUAUGAGCAAUUUCUCACCCAUCUUCAGUACUUCCGGGAACCCCAGAUGAAGCCUAAUGAACCCGACGAGCCCGGCAGCGCCGAUUACAACGAACGCCUCUGGAGACGAAGUCGCAAUGAGAAAAUCAUCUCGGAAACCCAGCCCCUGAAAGGUAAAGCGGGCAGCAGCCGAUGGGACAAUUCAUUGUCUCUUCUGUCUAAUAGCAGUCAGCCUCUGAAAAUGUGCUUCCAUCAGUUUGAGGACCACAUCGCAGUUGCGGAUGAUAAGGAUACAAUCGCAAUUUGGGAUUGGCAAAGACAUAAGCGCCUCAACCGCUUUUCGAACGGUAACCCGGCUGGUUCCAAGAUUAACGAAGUUCGAUACAUCAAUGAAGAUGACCAAGCUUUGUUGAUGACAGGCUCAUCCGAUGGUGUCUUGAAAGUCUUUAGGAACUAUGAGUCGGCGCAUGACGUGGAAGUCGUUACCGCCUUUAGAGCCCUACCUGAACUCAUUCCCAGCAACCGGAACGCUGGACUUGUUCUGGACUGGCAACAAGGCCAGGGUAAGGCAUUAGUUGCAGGUGACGUAAAGGUUAUCCGGGUGUGGAACGCUGCUACCGAGGUCUGCACGAAUGAUAUUCCUGCUCGCUCGGGCUCGUGUAUCACCUCGUUGACAUCGGAUCAAGUCGCGGGAAACAUCUUUGUAGCGGGAUUUGGCGACGGUGCAGUUCGGGUGUUUGAUCAGCGUCUCAAGCCCACAACAUCUAUGGUCAAGGUUUGGCGCGAGCACAAGCAAUGGAUCACCAACGUCCACAUGCAGCGUGGUGGGUUGAGAGAGCUCGUGUCCGGCAGUCGCAAUGGAGAGAUUAAGCUCUGGGAUCUACGCAUGGACAUGCCCAUCUCUACAUUCAACGCCACAAACGACACGCUGCGUACAUUGAGCGUCCACGAGCAUGCUCCUGUGUUCAUGGUAGGCACGAACCGUCACGAAGUCAAAACCUUCAACGUCGAUGGAACCUAUCUCUCCACCUUCGAACCGUACUCAAGCUUCCUUCAUCACAACCGCUCCUCCCCGAUUGCCAGCACCGCGUUCCACCCUCAUCGAACAAUUUUAGCCUGUGCCGCACUCAAUGACCACCAUAUCAACCUGGUGACAUGUUAG